UUCUUCUUCUUCUUCACUUUACCAAAUCGUAUUAGGUUUUCUUACGCAACUGUGAAAAUUUUGUUGUCUUCUUCAUCAUCUUGAUACCUUCGAAUCGCAUCUCUGACAAAAAAAAAAUUCCCUAUCCUACCUAUAUCUGAGAAUAUAUUCAGUAUUGGGGUUUCAUCUUCUCCCGAUUCGUUUAAAAAGUCGCAUCUAUGAAUCAGAAUAUUAAAGUAUUAACGUUAGAUUCGUUACCAGUGGGGUUGAGAUUCCGUCCAACAGACGAGGAGCUAGUCCGUUUCUAUCUCCGCAGGAAAAUCAACGGCCACGAUGAAGACGUCAAAGCCAUCCAAGAGAUCGACAUCUGCAAAUGGGAACCUUGGGAUUUACCUGGUUUCUCUGUGAUCAAAACGAACGACUCCGAGUGGCUAUUUUUCUGUCCUUUGGAUCGGAAGUACCCCAAUGGAAGUAGACAGAAUCGUGCAACAAUCGCUGGCUACUGGAAAGCCACAGGAAAAGACCGGAAGAUCAAAUCCGGAAAGGACAAUAUUAUCGGUGUGAAGAGAACUCUGGUUUUCCACUCUGGUCGUGCUCCUAAGGGGACACGAACCAAUUGGAUUAUGCACGAGUAUCGUGCCACCGAGGAUGACCUCAGUGGCACCAAUCCUGGCCAGAGUCCGUUUGUUAUAUGCAAAUUGUUCAAGAAACAAGACCUGAGUUCAACGGAUGAAGCUGCAGCACAGGAUGUGUCGUCUCCAACUGUUGCAGCAUCUUCCCCAGAUGAGACUAAAUCUGAAGUAUCAGUUGUCGUUAAAACAGAAGACGUGAAGCGUUAUGACAUUGCGGAAUCUUCUCUUGCAAUCUCUGGUCAUAUUGGUGCUUGCGGUGAUGAGGCUACAACCGCCAAGCUUGGAGAUAUUGAUUGGCUGUCUUUUCCGGACCUGGAGCCUCUGAACUACACGAUGUUGUCCCCAGUACACUCUCAACUCCAGUCCGAGCUCGGAUCAUCUUUCAACGCAUUUCAGUAUGACUCGAGUGACUUUCCAGGAAACAGCUCCCAGAUUCAGACUCAGUACGGUACAAACGAAGUGGAUACAUAUAUAUCCGACUUUAUAGACUCGGUUCUUGAUCUCCCAGAAGACGCAGUUCCAGAGCAGGACGGGUCAGCGCCACAUAAGAUUGAGUCAGCGUAUGAAGAGCGCUCUGCAGGUGAAAUGAGCAAUGAUGUUUCAACAACAGGAUUCAUCAAGUUACAGGCUCGACGGGAACAACCCUCAGGUUGCGCCACUGACUAUAUAGUCCAUGGAAGUGCCUCAAAAAGGUUGCGUCUGCAAAGUAGCCUUGAUGGUAUUAAAUCGAAAAGUCUAGAGAUUCAGACUAUCAAGAGAGAGGUUGAGGAUACGGAUGGAGGAACCAUGAAGAAGGGCAAGCUAUCAAUGAACAAAACCGUAUUCCUGUCUAAAAAGAUUGUGUCCAAUGGAGGACUUCUUAGGGCGGCAGUAGUUGCAAUCCUGUUCUUGAUGUCAGUCUGCAGUUUAACCGCUGACUUCCGAGCUUCCGUGAUGAUCUGAAAACUUAAACCUUUAUUGUAUACUAGGGGAAACCCGCGCUUCGCGCGGGAUUUUGACAUAAUUAAGUGUUAUACGAUACUGCUUUAAAUUUUAAAAGAUUAGUUAUCUAUUUUUUGAAACAUUAUUGAUAUGUGAUCUUUUUUAUAUAGCAUG